GUAUGGCAUGAACUGCCUCAUUCAAUUUGAGGAUUUUGCUAAUGCUAAUGCAUUCCGCCUCCUGCAUAAGUACCGUAACAAGUAUUGCACUUUCAAUGAUGAUAUUCAAGGAACUGCAUCUGUGGCUGUUGCAGGUCUUCUUGCAGCUCUGCGUAUCACCAAGAACAGGUUAUCAGAUCACACAGUGUUGUUCCAGGGAGCUGGAGAGGCUGCCCUGGGGAUAGCAAACCUCAUUGUUAUGGCUAUGGAAAAGGAAGGGGUAUCUAAAGAUGCAGCUAUCAAAAGAAUAUGGAUGGUUGACUCAAAGGGAUUGAUAGUAAAGGGGCGUGCCUCAUUAACAUCUGAGAAACAGCGUUUUGCCCAUGAACAUGGUGAAAUGAAAAAUCUAGAAGAUAUUGUUAACGAUAUAAAACCAUCUGUGCUAAUAGGAGUUGCUGCAGUUGGUGGUGCUUUUACUAAACAAAUUCUUCAGGAUAUGGCUGCUUUAAACAAACGUCCUAUUAUUUUUGCUCUCAGCAAUCCUACCAGCAAAGCAGAGUGCACUGCUGAGCAGUGCUACAAAUAUACAGAGGGACGAGGCAUUUUUGCCAGUGGAAGUCCUUUUGAUCCUGUCACUCUUCCAAGUGGACAAACUCUCUAUCCUGGACAGGGUAACAAUUCCUAUGUGUUCCCAGGAGUUGCCCUUGGAGUUAUUUCAUGUGGACUGAAACAUAUUGGCGAGGAUGUGUUCCUCACAACAGCUGAGGUAAUAGCUCAGCAAGUUUCAGAGGAGAAUUUACAGGAAGGUCGUCUGUACCCUCCGUUAGUCACUAUUCAGCAAGUGUCGCUGAAAAUUGCUGUGAGGAUCGCAGAAGAAGCCUACAGGAAUAACACUGCUUCCACCUAUCCUCAGCCCAAGGACCUAGAAGCCUUCAUCCGAUCUCAGGUUUACAGUACCGACUACAGCAGCUUUGUGGCCGACUCCUAUACCUGGCCUGAAGAAGCCAUGAAAGUGAAACUGUAAAUACUUGACGAAGAAUGAACAAACUAGCAGCAGUUAAAAAGCAUUAAAAUAUUCAGAACAUUUCUGCCCAGGAAGCCUAAGAAGAGCUAAUUUUUUAAGAUGCAGAAAACUUUUUCUAAAUUGUAAUACGUGGUUAGCAGCUCAGAUUAAGAAAUCACAUUGAUUAUACAUGAGAAAAUAAAAAAUAGCCUGAGAAAUAUA